GGUUGUAUGUAAAGGUUCUAAGAAGUUUACGAAACAAAUUAUCACUACAAAAUGGCGAAAUUUUGGGGACCCAUGCUGCUGGCGAUUUUCGUAGUCGUUGCCAUAGCAGCUGUUCACGCGCACCAUGAGGAAGGACACGAGGGCGGACACGAGGCCGGACAACAGACCGGACAGCAGACCGGACAGGAAUCCGGACACGGGGCCGGACACGGGGCCGGACACGGAGCCGGACACGGGCAUAAGCAUGGCGACGGAAAGGGUUGUCACGGAGGCAAACAUGGCAAGGGCGGCGAACAUCAUCAUCAUAGCCACGAGGGGGGCGGAGAGGGCCACAACCACGAACACACGCACACCGGUGAACAUGGAGGCAGCAGUCAUCAUGGACACGAGUCGGGACACGGAAAGGCUUAGAAGCAUAAGCAUGGUACAGAGAAGUUCUACUUCAAUUGAAAGAACAUUUUAAAUGUGAUGGUGAAAUUGCUUUAACAAAAGGUCUAAUAAAGAACGCAUUCUUUAUAAGGAACUUAA